CACGUCGUUUCGAUCGCGAUUGUUGAUCAUUAAAAUUGUUCGUACAAAACAUUCGCUUCGGUCGUGUGUUAUUUGUGUACUGUGCAUAAUAAAUAUUCGCUGUGUAUCAUUUCAAAUAGUUUAUCCUGAAGCAACAUGACUUAGAGCAGACACGAUGAAGGUCCUACUCCUCUUGGCUCUGAGCUGGGCGACCGCCGCGGCCACCUGCCCAUGGGCUUGCUCCUGCAGACCACCGGCGGCUGACUGCGCGCACAGAGGACUCCUGCAUGUACCGAAGCGCUUGCCUCCGGAUUCGCAUAGACUAGACCUUCAGGGUAACAAUAUCAGCAUAGUCUUUCAGAGCGACUUCCAGAACAUCAAGGAGCUUAAAGUUUUACAGCUGUCGGAGAACCAGAUUCACACGAUUGAGAGAGACGCCUUCCUCGAGCUGACGUCACUUGAACGAUUGAGAAUGAAUAAUAACGCCCUGGGAUCUUUAGCGGACGGCCUCUUUAUAAGACUAAGGCACCUACAGAGAUUAGAUCUGAGCCGAAACGAGUUGACAGCGAUCAGUCGCCGCACGUUCCGAGGGUUGACCGCUCUGAAGAGUCUACACCUCGACGGGAACCAGCUGAAAUGCAUCGACGAGAAAGCUCUGGAGAAUUUGAAAAGCCUGGAAGUUCUGACUUUAAAUAACAACAACCUAACGUAUUUGUCGUUGGAACCGGUCACCGUCUCGCGACUGAGCACGCUGCGGCUGAGCGACAAUCCGGUUGUCUGCGACUGUCGCGUCGCAAGACUGUCCACAGCUGUCCGGUCUGCUGGGAUCAUGGGUGUCGGCGCGAGGUGUCAAGCUCCUGCAGCUCUGCGUGGCUCGCUGCUGACCGACUUGGAGCCUCACGAACUCAUCUGCAGUGGACCUACAACAGCUUCGUCUGGGGAAUGCUCGGCGGAGCCCCGCUGCCCGCCUCCCUGUCGCUGCACUCCUGAGGGUAUAGUGGACUGCAGGGAGAAGAUGCUCUCAGAACUGCCACCUACUAUACCUCACAGAGCUACGGAGAUUCGCUUGGAACAGAACGAGAUAACCGAAGUCGGCAGCGGCGCCUUCUCAUCCAUAAAGAGGGUGACCAGGAUCGACCUGUCCAACAACAAGAUCGCCAAAAUCUCAGCGGACACAUUCCAAGGACUCGUACAUUUAACCUCACUAGUCUUGUACGGAAAUAAAAUAAAGGAUUUGCCGUCGGGAGUAUUCCACGGGCUGGGAUCUCUCCAAUUAUUACUGCUGAACUCGAAUGAGAUUACGUGCGUCAAAAAGGACACGUUCCGUGAUUUAGAGAAUCUAAAAUUACUGUCUUUAUACGACAACAAUAUACGAUCAUUGCCGAAUGGUACCUUCGAUGCUUUGACGGGAAUCCAGACCUUGCAUUUAGGUCGGAAUCCGUUCGUAUGUGACUGCUCUCUUCGCUGGCUGGCCGCCUACUUGCGCAAGAACCCCAUAGAGACGUCCGGCGCCAAGUGUGACUCUCCGAAGCGCAUGAACAAAAAGCGAAUCGACGCUCUCAGGGAAGAGAACUUCAAAUGCAAACCGGGUGAGGGCGCGGGGGAGGCGGCGGCGUGCGGGGGCGCAGCGUGGUGCCCGGCAGCGUGCACGUGCGAGGCGGCGGCGCUGCGGUCGCUGUCCGUGCGUUGUGAGCGCGCCGGCCUUCGCGACCUGCCCCGGGACCUACCCCUCAACACCAGGCUGCUAAUGAUGUCGGACAAUAAUUUGGGACAGAUAAAAUCUGACGGACUCUUCGGGAGGCUGCCGGACCUCACCAAACUGGACUUCAGGAACAACGGCAUAUCGGUCAUUGAGGACAACGCGUUUGACGGCGCCGCCAGCAUCCAGGAGAUGCUGCUGGAUGGCAACCUGCUGCAGACCGUCACCGACAAAAUGUUCUUCGGACUCCACAGUCUUAAUGUUCUAUCAGUAACGCAUAACAAGAUUAAAUGCAUCACACCGGGCGCAUUUGACCAUCUCACCACGCUCUCAACGCUUGAGCUGUCAUCGAACCCGCUGUCGUGCACCUGUCACAUGUCGUGGCUGGCGCAGUGGCUGCGAUCGCGGCGUUUGUCGACGACAGCCACGUGUGGCUACCCGGCCGCGCUCAGAGACGCCAGCAUCCACCACCUCGAGCCGGCUGACUUUAAAUGCACCCCCGAGGACAAAGGUUGUCUGUCGCCUGAGUAUUGCCCGGCUCAGUGCUCGUGCACUGGGACCGUGGUCCGGUGUUCCCGGGCGAAGCUCACCUCUCUGCCAGCCAACAUCCCCAAGCAAACAACCGAGCUAUACCUAGAGUCGAAUGAGCUAACCUCGAUCCCGCCGGAUCAAAUCCGCCACCUCACGCAGCUGACCCGGCUGGACCUGUCCAACAAUAAGAUCAGCGUCCUCGGCAACAACACCUUCGAGGGCCUCACCAAGCUGUCCACGCUCAUCGUCAGCUACAACAGGCUGAGAUGUGUCCAGAGGGACGCCCUGAAGGGUUUGAGUCAGCUGCGGGUGUUGUCCCUUCACGGCAACAACAUAUCGCUGCUCGCGGAUGGCGUGUUCAGGGACCUAGAGUCCAUAUCGCACGUAGCGCUGGGCUCCAACCCCCUGUACUGCGACUGCCACUCCCGCUGGCUCUCGGAGUGGGUUCAAAGCGCGGGGGAGUUCGUCGAGGCCGGCAUAGCGAGGUGCGCUGAGCCUCCCGCCAUGAAGGACAAACUGCUUUUGAGCACUGCCUCCUCUGCUUUUGUAUGCACAGGCAACCCGCCGGCGGAGAUCAUAUCGAAAUGCGACCGCUGCUACAGCAACCCCUGCCUGAACGGGGGGAAGUGCCUCCCCGGCGCCGGGGGAGGGUUCGAGUGCGUCUGCGCCCGCGGCUACCAUGGCAACGCGUGUCAAUUCCAAAUAGACGCCUGCUACGGGUCGCCGUGCGCCAACGGACAGUGCCAAGUCUUGGAAGAGGGCAGGUUCCACUGCUCCUGCCAGCCGGGCUACACGGGGCUGCGGUGCGAGGUCAACGUGGACGACUGCCUCGGGAACCGGUGCCAAAACAACGCGACCUGCGUGGACCUCCUCGAGGGGUACAUCUGCAAGUGCUCUCCAGGGUUCAUGGGAGAAUUCUGCGAGACCAAGAUACCGUUCUGCACGGCGGAGUUCAACCCGUGUGCCAACGGGGCUGCGUGCACCGACCACCGCAGCCACUACACCUGCAGCUGCCCCAAGGGCUACUCCGGACAGAACUGCACCGUCAACGCGGACGACUGCAUCAACCACAUGUGCCAGAACGGCGCGACGUGCGUGGACGGGCUGGAGGAGUAUCGGUGCGCAUGCGCGGCGGGGUACGCCGGGCGGUACUGCGAAGCGGCGCCCCACGCCGCGCUCGGCACCUCGCCCUGCGCCCACCACGACUGCCUGCAUGGGGUCUGCUACCUGCCGCCGCCGCGACCCUUGCAGGACGACAUCAUCAUGGAGGAGCAUCCGCUGAUCUCGCAACCUAACGAUUACCUCUGCAAGUGCGCUCCGGGAUACUCGGGCCGGCUCUGCGAAUAUCUCACAUCCCUGACCUUCAACCACAACGAUUCCCUGGUGGAGCUGGAGCCGCUAAGGACUAUGCCGCAAGCCAACGUCACGUUAGUCUUCAGCACCAAGCAGCAUCACGGCGUGCUCAUGUACUUCGGUGAGAACGAGCAUCUGGCCGUGGAGUUAUUCAAUGGGAGGAUCAGGGUCAGCUACGACGUCGGCAACCAUCCCACCUCUACCAUGUACAGCUUUGAAAUGGUGUCGGACGGAAGCUACCACAAAGCGGAGCUUUUGGCGAUCAAGAAAAACUUCACCCUGAAAGUCGACGACGGACCCGCCAGAUCCAUCAUCAACGAAGGCAGCAAGGAAUUCUUGAGACUAGAGAGGCCGAUGUACCUCGGAGGAGUGCCGCAGGAGGUCGCCAAGGAGGCUUUCUCGAAAUGGCAUCUGCGGAACAUAACCAGCUUUAAAGGUUGUUUGAAAGAGGCCUGGAUCAACCACAAGCGAGUGGACUUCGUGAACGCUGUCCGGGUGCAACGCACGACCCCGGGAUGCGGGGACGACGACGCGCCAGCCCCCUCCGUCAUCAGCGGCGUCCAGGACGACACUACCCACGAGGAGGAUCCGUGCGUGCCGAAUCCGUGCGCGCGGGGGGGGCGGUGCGUGCAGCGUGCCCGCGGACACUACUCCUGCCGCUGCCCCCCGGGGACCGCCGGCCCCCAGUGCGAGCUCCGCGCCAGCAUCCGUGGCGCCCCAGUGAUAACGCAAGCCAAGCUCCCCGCCAGGAGGACCGGGUUCAGCAACGUUCAAGCUUCUCCAGCUGCACCUCCUCACAAGCAGGAGGUCCCGGCGGAGCCCUCGGCACCGAGCGCAACCCCACCGCCGUGCAAGAAGGAGCCGACCCGGGAGUUCGUGACGGAGGGCGCGUGUCGCAGCCGCCGCGCCGUGCGAGGAGCGAGGUGCGUCGCCAGGACGGACCGAGGGGAGAGGCCCUCGGGCGCCUGUGGUAGGGGCAGCUGCUGUGCCCCGAGGAAAACCAAGAAAAGGAAGGUCCGUCUGGUGUGCUCCGACGGCACCAGAUACACCAAAGACAUAGAGAUAGUACGCAAGUGCGCGUGCGGCAAGAAGUGCAACCGUAACAAUCCCUUCCAGCACUGAAGACUGCGAUCCCAUCCGCGAACCAGCCUAAGAUAUCUAAGGAAGGGCAUUCACGACGCGACAAGUCACGUGACUUGUUGGACGAUUUCUGCCGCGCGAUAGGCGUUUCCGCUUAUCGUAUUUAUCGAUACGUGAAUUUUUUAUGUGCAGUAUUAUUUUUUAGCAUUCGCUUUCGGAUGUGUCGUUCAGAUUUUGAUAAUUUUUUUUGUUUAAUUAAUGAAGUUUCUUUUGUCGUAUUCUAGCCUGUUCGGACAAGAUGGCGCCCGACCACAGAGUAAAUACAAACGCAGUGAUCCUAUUUGUAUCAUGUAAAUGUUUUCACUCCAUUCGGAGAUUUCGUUACAGUGAUUGUCAGUAAUAACAUUGAAUACGAAACUCCAAGAUUAAAUUAAUUGACAGACUGAGAAGCAUAGAAACUAUCUAAAGACAUGGAAUUGUAUAAUACAAUUCUGAGCGCCACAUCCGACGCUAAUAUUAAUUUUUUGCAUCGAACUUAAGUUUAAAGUACAAAUUAAUGGAUACACAGUAAUAAAUGAGGCUAUCAAUCGUCACACCUGAAAUAUUGUUCUCAAAUAAACCACAGACAAGAGCACACACUCUCACCGCUAGAUGGCAGUAGGUGUAUUUUGAGUAGACAUUAACAAAAUUGCAGGUGGUACCCUAUUUACAUUUAUAAUUCUACCAACGAUAACAAUUUUGCGAUUAUUAACUUAAAAAUAAUACUUUUAAUUUCUCUUAAUACAGAAGGCCUAAAUAAAGGUUGACAGAUUAAUAUAUG